UUUUUGGUUUUGUCAUUUCCAAAGUGUUUAUUGACAAGGAAAGUAAAGAUACAAUAUUUGAUUAAAAACUCCACUGUAACAUUGAUAGUUUAAGUUUUUCUGGAAGUUGAUUUCGCACACAGUCCUUACAUCUUAUUUAAGAACCCUCUGCACAAUCAAAUCACAAAUUUAAACUGAAUAAAGCUUGUAGCAUUUCAUUUGGCAGAUAUAUAACCUAAAACACUCCUUUUAAUUGUCCCUUGUUUUUGUUUAAGAUGUGAAACAAAGCCAACAGAUGGAUUUUAUGAUGAUUUAAAAUAUUUUUUCUCUAAAGGACUUAUAUUUGUUUGUUUAUUAACAAAACGAAUCAAAAUAUGCUUCAAUAAACUUCAUUUGAGCUCAAAUAAUCCUGCCUUUGACAGCUGCAUUAUGGGUAAUGUAGGCAUCUGGUUUUCCCUCGAUUAUCUUGUUGUUGUGGGUCUAAAACAAUUCAGAGACGAAUGUUUUUUAAAUAUAUUCGACGUAAAUGGGGGGUUUUGAUGUUUUCCCACACUGCACUGGUUUGUGGAGGUUUGGUACUGGUUUCCAGAGCCGGUGAUGAUGUCACACCGAGGCUGGGUCAUGUGAAGGGCAGCAGCGGAGGAGGUUCACGGAGAGUUCAGCCGCAUACAUUAGGUAAUAGCGUCGCACGCCGUGACAUAACUAGUGCGAAGCAGGUUGAGUUGAGACAUUUAUCAAUAAAAAGAAAAAGCGGAGAUAAGAUUAAAAAGUCGUUCGGUAAACUUUGUUAUGCAAAACAACCAGCAGACCUGGAUGCGCGGAAGCUCCCCCACUCCAGUGCCCACGCUGCGCGCCAAUACGCACAGUUUAUGAGGAAAUUAAAGGUCUGUUCCGGCGCGCACACGCCCCUCAUAGUGCGAUGCUCCUGCUGCAUGGUCUGCGCCUCAACGCCCGGCUGUAAACCACAAACCUGCGGAGAGCCAACUGAAAGUCGUCACCAACAGGAAGGACUCUGUUUUCUCCCUCUUCUUCAUGAGGAGAGCAUCUUCUCCAGCAGGACUCCGCUAAGGUCAUGUUUGACUUCAUGGAAUUUCAGGUUUUCGGUCCGGGAGAAAUCAUGGACUUCUACUCGACUUCCAGCCCCGGCUGCGCGCUGCAGGACCUGGAUCUGGACCUGGACCCGGAUCGGGACCAAGACCGGGAUCUGGCAGCUUUCUUCCCGGAGCUGAUCGAGUCGGACUGGCCGGAGCAUCGGUGCUCGCAGUCAGUGGAAAGCCAGAGCUCCAGCUCCAGCUCCAGUUUGGAUGACCUGUUUGCCAGUCCGCCUUCCCCUCCUCCGCCUCCGCGCACCUACAAGCCCUGCUUUGUGUGUCAGGAUAAAUCAUCAGGGUACCACUAUGGAGUCAGCGCCUGCGAGGGCUGCAAGGGUUUCUUCCGCCGCAGCGUGCAGAAAAACAUGGUGUACACCUGCCACCGUGACAGAAACUGCAUCAUCAACAAGAUCACCAGGAACCGCUGCCAGUACUGCCGCCUGCAGAAGUGCUUCGCCGUGGGAAUGUCCAAAGAGUCGGUGAGAAAUGACAGAAACAGGCGGAGAGGUAAGAAGGAAGCGGUGAAGAUGACCGUCAUGGAGACGUACGAGCUGACGGCCGAGCUCGGCCUGAUCGUGGAGAAGAUCUGCAGGGCGCAUCGAGAGACCUUCCCCUCCCUCUGCCAGCUGGGGAAAUACACCACAAACUCCAGUUCAGACCACCGGAUCCAGUUGGACCUCGGGUUGUGGGACAAGUUCAGCGAGCUUGCCACCAAGUGCAUCAUCAAGGUGGUGGAGUUCGCCAAGAGAGUCCCAGGCUUCACAGGCCUGACCAUCGCCGACCAGAUCACUCUGCUGAAAGCCGCCUGCCUUGACAUCCUGAUCCUCAGGAUUUGCACUCGCUACACUCCGGACCAGGACACCAUGACGUUCUCCGACGGCCUGACUUUGACCCGCACUCAGAUCCACAACGCCGGCUUUGGGCCGCUCACCGACCAGGUCUUCACGUUUGCCGGUCAGCUGCUUCCUCUGGAGAUGGACGAGACGGAGAGCGGGCUGCUCAGCGCCAUCUGCCUCGUCUCCGGAGAUCGCCAGGACCUGGAGGAGCCGUCAAAGGUGGAGGUGCUGCAGGAGCCGCUGCUGGAGGCGCUGAAGAUCUACUCGCGGCGGCGCCGACCCAGCAUGCCCCUGAUGUUCCCCAAAGCCCUGAUGAAGAUCACCGACCUGCGCAGCAUCAGCGCUAAAGGAGCAGAGCGCGUUGUGACACUGAAGAUGGAGAUCCCCGGCUCCAUGCCUCCUUUGAUCGAGGAGAUGAUGGAGGAUCUGCAGAACCUGGAGAGCAGCCAGCACUCACACAGCCUCUCCUCUCACUCUCAGCACACACACUGCGCCGGCCUUGCAGUCUGAAGACGCCGCAGAACUUUUUCUUCCUCCCCAGAGAGAGAUUACUAACGAUGUAACAGUGCAGAUGCAGUCCAGAAGGUCACUAGUCUCUUACCUCCGUAAAACGUUCGGGAAUAUUUCAGAGUUAGAUCUGCAGACAUGACAAAUGAGAUUCAGCUUUCACACUAACAACAUGGUAGUUGCUGUGAAAUGAAAUCCUGCUUCGAUGGAAGGAAAAAG